UGAAGUCUGCCAUUUGUGAUGACAGGAACAAGAUACCCCCAGUACACACUGACUGCUGUCAACUCUCCAAUGAACACUCUAUGGAAUAUCUCUUACAAAUCCAAGUGGAGGAAAAAGAAGAUGAUACUGAGGAAAGCUCGAGUGAAGAGGAAGAGGAGGAGGAAGAUAAACUACCCCGAAGAGAGAGCUUGAGACCAAAAAGGAAACGAACCAGAGAUGUUAUCAAUGAGGAGGACCCAGAACCUGAACCAGAAGAUGAAGAAACAAGAAAGGCAAGAGAAAAAGAGAGGAGGAGGAGGUUAAAGAGAGGAGCAGAAGAAGAAGAAGAAAUUGAUGAAGAGGAAUUGGAAAGAUUGAAGGCAGAGUUAGAUGAGAAAAGACAACUAAUUGCUUCUGUCAAAUGUAAACCUUGGAAGAUGGAGAAGAAAAUUGAAGUUCUCAAGGAAGCAAAAAAAUUUGUGAGCGAAAAUGAAGGGGCUCUCGGGAAAGGAAAAGGAAAACGAUGGUUUGCAUUUAAGAUGAUGAUGGCCAAGAAAUGGGUAAAAUUCCUCCGUGAUUUUGAGAACUUCAAAGCUGCCUGUGUCCCAUGGGAAAACAAAAUCAAGGCGAUUGAAAGUCAGUUCGGCUCCUCCGUGGCCUCGUACUUCCUCUUCUUGAGAUGGAUGUAUGGAGUGAACAUGGUUCUUUUCAUCCUGACAUUCAGCCUCAUCAUGUUGCCAGAGUAUCUCUGGGGUUUGCCCUACGGCAGUUUACCCAGAAAAACAGUCCCCAGAGCUGAAGAGGCAUCUGCAGCGAACUUCGGCGUGUUGUAUGAUUUCAACGGCUUGGCACAAUAUUCGGUCCUCUUUUAUGGCUACUAUGACAAUAAAAGAACAAUCGGAUGGAUGAAUUUCAGGUUGCCGCUCUCCUAUUUUCUGGUGGGGAUUAUGUGCAUUGGAUACAGCUUUCUGGUUGUCCUCAGAGCGAUGACCAAAAACAUCGGGGACGAUGGAGGUGGUGACGACAACACGUUCAACUUCAGCUGGAAGAUGUUCACCAGCUGGGACUACCUGAUUGGCAAUCCCGAAACAGCAGACAACAAAUUCAAUUCUAUCACCAUGAACUUUAAGGAAGCUAUAAUAGAAGAAAGAGCAGCCCAAGUAGAAGAAAAUGUCCACUUGAUCAGAUUCCUGAGGUUUCUUGCUAACUUCUUCGUGUUCCUAACACUUGGUGGGAGUGGAUACCUCAUCUUUUGGGCAGUGAAGCGAUCCCAGGAAUUUGCACAGCAGGAUCCUGACACCCUUGGGUGGUGGGAAAAAAAUGAAAUGAACAUGGUGAUGUCCCUCCUGGGGAUGUUCUGCCCAACACUGUUUGACUUGUUUGCUGAGCUGGAAGACUACCAUCCUCUCAUUGCUUUGAAAUGGCUACUGGUGCGCAUUUUUGCUCUUCUCUUAGGCAACUUGUAUGUCUUUAUUCUUGCCUUGAUGGAUGAGAUUAACAAUAAGAUUGAAGAGGAGAAGCUAGUAAAGGCCAAUAUUACCCUGUGGGAAGCCAACAUGAUCAAGGCUCACAAUGCAUCGCUCCCUGGAAAUAGCACUGGGGCACCUUUCUUUGUUCACCCUGCAGAUGUGCCUCGAGGACCCUGCUGGGAAACAAUGGUGGGACAGGAAUUUGUGCGGCUGACGGUCUCUGAUGUUCUGACCACCUACGUCACAAUCCUCAUUGGAGACUUUCUCAGAGCAUGUUUUGUGAGGUUUUGCAAUUACUGCUGGUGCUGGGAUUUGGAAUAUGGAUAUCCUUCGUACACUGAAUUUGACAUCAGCGGCAACGUCCUCGCUCUGAUCUUCAACCAAGGCAUGAUCUGGAUGGGCUCCUUCUUUGCUCCCAGCCUCCCCGGCAUCAAUAUCCUCCGACUCCACACAUCCAUGUACUUCCAGUGCUGGGCCGUGAUGUGCUGCAACGUUCCUGAGGCCCGCGUCUUCAAAGCUUCCAGAUCAAACAACUUCUACCUGGGCAUGCUCCUGCUCAUCCUUUUCCUGUCCACCAUGCCAGUCUUAUACAUGAUCGUGUCCCUCCCGCCGUCCUUUGACUGUGGCCCCUUCAGUGGCAAAAAUAGAAUGUUUGAAGUCAUAGGAGAGACGCUGGAGCACGAUUUCCCGAGCUGGAUGGCGAAGGUCCUGAGGCAGCUUUCUAACCCCGGGCUGGUCAUUGCUGUCGUCUUGGUCAUGGCUUUGACCAUUUAUUAUCUCAACGCUACAGCCAAGGGCCAGAAGGCAGCAAAUCUGGAUCUAAAAAAGAAGAUGAAACUGCAAGCUUUGGAGAACAAAAUGCGAAACAAGAAAAUGGCAGCUGCACGAGCAGCUGCAGCUGCUGGUGGCCAGUAACUUUCAUAGGCAUCCUGGGGCCCAGAAGUACUCUCCGCCUUGCUGUUGAAAAGUUAUGUAUUACGCCACAGACGAGAACAAGUGUUGUAAAUAACGGAUGGAUUAUCAAGGUCAUGCUAUCAAUCAAGGCAUUGUCAAUCCUACUUGGACAAGAAAAGUCUUUGUUUUAUUGCAAAUUAAGAAUUUGUUUCUUCGCCACCACUUUAUCCCCUGCUCUAUGUCCUUGACAUUUGUCCUAGAGUUUAAAAAUGAGUGUGUUCCAGCAGUAUAGGUUCCUGGUUUAGGUGGUAGGUUAAUUUAAAAGCCAUUUACUCUGACUCCAUUGUUUCUCUCACUUUAGUUUUCUUGAACUGGUAGCAGGAAUAUUUUGCCCUCUUUUUCCCUCUAAUUUCAGAAAUACCUGCAUAAAGUACUCAAGGUAAUCUUUACCUAACUCACUUUUUUGAAACUAACAUUAAAUUUUCUCUUUUUUUCUACCUAUCUGCCCAUCUAUGUUCCUCCCCAAAAAUAUACACUCAAAAUCUUUGUAGUUUCUGCUGGAUUCAGUAUAAUAUACAAAAAUUCCCAGGUGAAUUGGGGCUUGAUUGGCACUGGAUUGAAGCUCUCCCAGCUUCUGAGGUACAUGGGUCUUAAACAAUUCAACUUUUUAUAAAUUAAAAGCAAAAAAAAAAAAAAAGACACUACAAGUAACUGCUGUUCCAUCGCAGAAUGCUCAUUCAACUUCUGGUGAUUAUUUCCUCUGUGUUUAGUUUAUAAUAGUCUGUAUUUUUUUUUUCUUUUUGCUUUUUUUGUUAAGGUUAGGAAAACACACUUUUAUUGGGGACAUUAGUUUAUGGAUGUGUUUAAGCAUUAUUAUUUACUUAAAGUCUGAAUCAGCUUUGAAUAGUAACGCUCAGUGCCCCACUAACCUUGCUGUGUGAUUACAGUUGCAUCCCCUGACUCACAGUGACCCUUCUAGAGCUAAGCCAAUGUGCCUGCCAUUCCCGCCAAUUGACUUGCGACUUGCUGGCUUUUGUUAUCCUGCUUUUGAGUUUCUCCUUUUCAGUUUUCUACUGGCUGUAGAAUGACCUCAUUGUUCCCUUACGAAGUCUAAGCUUAAUUCCUCUGAUCACCUUUUCCAGGUCAGCUUCCAUUCUUAAUCAUAUUAUUCCCUUGAUAGGCUUCCUUGGGCUCUUAUACAGAGACUUCCUCGGGCUCUUCAAUACAGAGUCUUUUACUUAUGUUGAUUUUCAUAUGAUUUGUAAUGGUCCUUUAUUGUUCCUUGAAUGCAUGGAUGAUCUUCACUAUCCAGACUGUAAGCUUCCUAUGAGCAGGAAUCGUAUAUUCUGACUCUUUUGUAUGCCUAGUAGAGUGCUGUGCACAGGUGGGCACUGAAUAAAUGCUUGUUAAUUAAAUUGAAUCAAUUUAACUUAUAGCAGCUGUGUUAUGAAAC